GUCGGGAGAUAUCGUUUGAAAUUUGACCUCAAGAAAUUCCCCGAGACGGAAUCCCUCAAGUCGGAUCAAAGAUCAACUUGUCUCGGACGUCGGGAGUUAGGGAGAAUCCCUGUCAAGCCAUGAGUGAAAGCGCGUCGGACUCUGAAGAGUCUCCCGAUAUGGGAAUGCAGGCGGUGCCGCAGGUGCCUGCAGUUGCCUCCCCUGGCACACCUGGACUCAGUCAGUUCUGCGCUAUCUGCGGAGACAGAGCCACAGGAAAGCAUUAUGGUGCUGCAAGCUGUGAUGGCUGCAAGGGAUUCUUCAGGCGCAGCGUCCGCAAAAAUCAUGUGUACACUUGUCGCUUCAGCCGCAACUGUAUUGUGGAUAAGGACAAGCGGAAUCAAUGCCGUUACUGUCGCCUGAAAAAAUGUUUUCGAGCAGGAAUGAAAAAGGAAGCUGUGCAGAAUGAGCGAGAUCGGAUCAGUGUCCGAAGAACCAGCUACGAAGAUUUGGCUCAGAAUGGGUCGCUGUCUGUCAGUACUUUGCUGAAUGCAGAGAUUCUCUCCAGACAAGUGGAUCCUCUUUAUUUUGAUAUUGGACCUCUCGGUGGUGCCGUUGACCUGAACUCUAAAAAACUGGCUGGUUCAAACGAAAUCUGCGAGUCCAUGAAACAACAGCUGUUGAUAUUGGUGGAAUGGGCCAAGUACAUCCCCUGCUUCUGUGAGCUCCCAUUGGACGAUCAGGUUGCGUUGCUAAGGGCACACGCAGGAGAACAUCUGUUGCUAGGCGUGGCCAGGAGAUCUAUUUCCUUGAAAGACUUGCUGUUGCUAGGCAACGACUGUGUUAUUCCGCGACAUACAAACGACCUUGAAAUCGCCAGGGUAGCUGCAAGGAUAUUAGAUGAGCUUGUGAAGCCAUUGAGAGAUGUCCAAGUAGAUGAUUCAGAAUUUGCCUGUUUGAAAGCCAUUGUGUUUUUUGAUCCUGAUGCCAAAGGUCUGAUUGAUUCAGCGAGGAUCAAAGCUUUCCGUUACCAGGUUCAGAUAAACCUGGAGGAUUACAUCAACGACAGACAGUAUGAUUCAAGGGGGCGCUUUGGAGAACUGCUGCUUACCCUGCCUCCCUUACAGAGCAUAACGUGGCAAAUGAUCGAACAAAUACAGUUUGCUAAGCUUUUUGGAAUGGCCAAGAUUGACAACUUGCUGCAAGAAAUGUUGCUGGGAGGUGCUAACAGCUUGGCAGCAGAUGGCGCUUCAGUGUCAGCGGGAGGUAAUCAAGGGACAAGCUCUACAGUACCACCCCUCAUUACCACACCCACAUCUGUGUUCUCUGACAGCAUGGUGAAUGGACACUCCAGUCCUGUGAUGGCUUCAAGUCUCUUGCACCAUUCACCUGAGCCCAUCCCCAUGGCGACGCAUCCCCACAGCGAACUGUCGUCUCAACACGUCCAGAUGUCGCACGCUGUGAGCCCGAGCUCGGUCAACUCUAUGGGUCACACCCACAUGAUGGAACAGCCAGACCUGUCGUGCGUUGUGGAUGGGUCGAAUCUGUCCUCCAGUCCUCCUCUGACCAUCACAUCAACGGCGAGUUAUGCUCCAGCUAAUUUGCAUAUGCGAAACGCUCACCCAAUGACGCCGGUUUCAUCACCCGCCUUACCCCAGACAUCAGAACAUUUCAAAUUCUCAUCCUCAUGUAUACAGAAUUUCAAGCAAGAAGUCGUGUAAAUUUACAUUGUCUUGAUUGAUCAUGGAUGAAUUUGUGAGCGUGUGUGUUUUGUACAGAACAUCAAAGUGUGCCUUUGCAGUAAAUGACCUCAAAUUUCCCCUAGACUAAAGUGUGCAUUUUGCCAGAUUCUAAAAAUUCUAUUAACCUUAAAAUUAAGUGUUUGGAGAAGGUGUUUAGAAGGUAUUAUGCUAUUUUGCGAUAUUUUCUUGCAAACACGUAGCUUUCAGCACCAAAAGUUCAGUAAUACUUUAUGACAUUUAUUAGCCUCUGAAAAGAAGCACAUUUGGGGGGCAAAAUUUGAGGUCAUUUAUUGUAUAACUUCAAACAGUGCCUCUUCUGUCUUUUUUUUUGCACUGAAGAAACGCAUAGUUGCACAUAUGCAAUUUAUGGUUUAUUCGGACCAUAAAUUCUGACAAAUGUCUCAAGUUACAUUGUUGACUUUUAUUUUACUGAAUGCAUGUGAGGACAAUUUUAUCAUCUUUAAAUUGUAAGAUGUUAAAUUGCAGAGUUGUUAAUUUUUAAUAGUUUCUUAUGACUGUUUUUUUUUUUUUUUGUCAAUGCAAAAUGUAUAUGCACAAUAUAUUUCAAUGGGUUAUUCAGUAUUCUGGAAGGAAACAUGCUCACAAGUUGAAGUUGACGUACAUGUAUUUUAGCAGUAUUCAUGAACUCAUUAAUACCAUUCUUGCUUCCAUCAGUUGUGAGAAUCCAAUACUGUUACAAAUAGUAGGUUAUUUGUUGUUGUUGUUUUCGGGGCAAGAUCUCUUUAAAUAUACUGAGGCCUCUAAGAAUUACAUACAUCUACAGUUUAAAACAGAAUAAUACAAUGGGCUAAAUGGUUUGGGGACAAAACAAUCCAAAGACGCUCAGUUUGCUCCCGCAUUUGAAGAUUUCAUUGGACACAGUUUAGAAAUCUAUUGCAACAUUUUGUCAAGGGCAGUUACCAUGGUGACAUAUGUUUUCACUAUGUCGUGUGUGUUCGUGAACAUUAUGAAACGCAAGUUACGACCGCUUUGCAAACAUGGCAAAUGGGGCCUAUGAUUUGAAAUAGAGACAGCGGCAAAAGUGAAUCCGUGUCUGAUAUCAAACUUUCACAUUUGCCUGAGAUUGUGUUGAAAAGAUGCUCCAUUUGUGGAUUUGUAUGUUUGUUAUGAAAGAUAGAGCUAAAUGAAACCUGUUAAGUGAGAUUUCAAGUAUUUCCAGGUAAAUUUACUCUUGAUGAAGCCAUUCACUGGUGCUAGUUGCUGUUAAAUACCAAGGUUGUGAAUUUCUUAAUGGUGGAAUUCUUAGUUCUCUUCUUGCUGAAUCUGCGAUGAAACCAUGUAAAAUAGCAUAUGAACUUUUUGGUUUGCAUUCAUAGUUUAUUAGCUUGUAUUUUCUUUUAUAUACUCAUACCUGUACCCAAUAGCCAACUCUUCUUCAUCCACAUAAUACACAAAAAUUUGUAUAGGGACCAUAUCCAAAUUAGUGUCAUAAUAGACACGUAUAUCAAUUUACAUAUGCAAAUAUAACUGACAAUCAAAUGAUAUUCCCUCAUGAUUUUUGUCGAAAGUUUUUUUUUUUUUAUGAUAUUGUUUCGUUUUUGGAGAAAGUUUAUGACUGCGUAUGAAUAUGUACAUGCUGUUAUAUGACAUUAUUAUUUUAAGUUGUAUAUGUACCUCAUUGUUUUGGGUGUGUUUAUGUCCUUACUGUUAAGAAAUUUAUGCAUAGAUAAGACAUUCAUUGUUCACUGGACAGUUUAUUUGAAGAUGUUAACUUGUUUUUGUCUCAGCCCAUAAACAAAGUUUAGUGGUCUGCUCUGGUGGUAUAUAUUUAUAUCUAUAUGACAACAUAAAAUAUGCAAAUUUUUGUCUCAGCGGUUGCUGGCCUGACCGAAAUGCAUUGAUAAACAGAAUAUGCUGAACACAAAGCUUAGGCAAUUUUUUUUUUUAAUUUAAAUUUUUAAAAAAGUGUUUUUAAAGCUUAUUUUGGUGCUGUUUUGCCUUCAACUGGAAAUGCAAAGUGAAAGAAAAUCUUCAUGAUCUGAAUGAUCAUUUCCUCAUUUUAGCUUUAUUCUACCUUGUUGCUCUGUUUAAUUUGCAUAUUAUAAAAUAUGUACGUGACUAUCGAUGUUAUUUGAAAUUUAUAAUUUCAGUACCUGUUUGAAUGAUUAUUAUGUACGGUGUGAUGGCCAUUGAGUGCAACAUUUGAGAAAGCUAAAAAAAAAAAAUUUUUGGAAAUUUUUUUCGAUGAGUUUUUGUUGCUGUACGGUAUGUAGAAUGUUUAUAAUGAAUUUUUGCAAAAGACAGUCACCGUCUUUUUUUUUUUUUUUGUUUGUUUGAUUUUUGAGACAGCUUAUGCUAACAUGCCCGAGAUCAUGUGAAUAAUAAAUCGUAAGCAUGAAUGCAUUUGAACAACACAGCAAAGUUUGCAUAAAUAUGUACAUGUAUUUAAAUGAUUUGCAUAAUUAAAGUUUAAGACACGCAGAUUUGCAUUUCUAAAAUUUGUAUUGCUAUGAGACAGAAAAGGUUCAUAUUAUGGUAUCUAGCCAAAACCUGCUCUUAAAAAAGUUUCGUCAUCAGAAAUGUUUUUCAUCAGGUAGUGCUUUACUGUGUAUAUUUUGUAAAGAAAUACAGCUUUAUUUCCAGCAAAGUGUGAUACCAACUGUUUUGUAGCCAUAUAUGUAUAUUAUACAUAUUAUAUAUGUAUCUGUGUUUUUUUUUUUUUAAAUAAGCACCUUUUUUUCCCGUAUACUAAAAUGCAUAUUUGGAAACAGAAGAUUAAUAAAAACCU